AUGGAGAACGACUAUCCCGUUAACCUGCGAGUGGAUAUCGCUCCUGAAGAUGGCACGGUUAUGCUUCCCGGAAGCAUAACCAUCACCCGCACCACCGUUUCCGUGUUCAAGUUGCGUGAAUCCACGGAUGAGGAGCCGCUGUUUAUUGGCGUGUGCUCCGUCCCAUUAAUUAAGUUCUCCCGCUGCCCCAGUACAGUCUUUCCGAGAACCGAUGCCCUUUUGCUGACGAGCGUCUCGGGGCAUCUUUUUAUUAACGCCGCCCUCACAGCUGGAGUGGUGCCACCAGAGGAAAGUGGGCUCGGGACCCCGAGCUCUAGUGCCAGUGACAUCGCACGCAGUCAUGCAUCAGGAACCCGGCGAGACUCUGUUGAUGAGCGCCGUAAGAAAAUUGACAACCCCGGCCUUUGGACACGACUACGGCUGGAGUUUCGCGACAACGACGACUGCGACCGCUGCGUUGAGGCCCUCCUCGCGCGCCACGCAGAGGAGCUUAAUUCACGCGGUACAUCAUCCACAAGUUCCCUCUCUAAGUCUCACUCCCAAAACGAUGUUACGGGUGCGUCACGUAGUCGCAGGGAUUCUUCCAUGCGCACACACAGUGGCCCACGGCGCAGUACACACAGCGAGUCGACCAGGUCAACGGAGAGUUCGAUGAGGAGCACACAGGAGGACUUAGUCCGAAGUUCGCGCGGUGGAGAGAGCCGCAACAGUCGCGGUGACGCAAGCAGAUCUGGUGGAACUCCAUUAAGAAGUGCGCCAGAUGACUCCCGACGUUCCCGUGGCCCAGAGAGCCAUUCCGUCCGCAGCGACACAACAAGAACGGGUGGGACUCCGUCGAGGGGUGGGCCAGAUGAUGUCCGACACUCUCGAGGCCCUGAUAGCCAUUCCAGUCGCAGUGACACAACAAGAACAGGUGCAACUCCAUUAAGAAGUGCGCCAGAUGACUCCCGACGUUCCCGUGGCCCAGAGAGUCACGUCACCCGCAGCGAGACUAGCAGAUCAGCAGGGACUCCCUUAAGGAGCGCGCAUAACGAAACGGCCCGCAAUAGCCGCAGUGAGGCAAGCAGAUCUGGUGGAACUCCAUUAAGAAGUGCGCCAGAUGACUCUCGACGCUCCCGCGGCCCGGAGAGCCAUUCCGUCCGCAGCGACACGACAAGAACGGGUGGGACUCCGUCGAGGGGUGGGCCAGAUGAUGUUCGGCACUCUCGAGGCCCUGAUAGCCAUUCCAGUCACAGUGAGCUGAGCAGGUCUGGUGGAACGCCCCCACGAAGUGCGCCAGAUGCUAUGUUCCGACAUUCCCGUGGCCCCGAUAGUCAAACUACCCGCAGUGAAGCGAGCAGGUCGGUCAGGAGCUCCUCAAAGCACUCACCCGCUGGUGCAGGCAGAUCAACGGGAACGACUAGGUCAAGUGGAACAGCCCUUCCCGCCGGAGCUGGUGUCAGCGAAAUGAUGCACACGUGCCGCAGCGGACCGACGUACAUGGAGGGCUCAUGCACGAGUUCUAAUGCCCGCCGAAACGGUGGGAUCCAUCACGGGUCGGACCGGACACCCAUCCGUGCUGGUCGAGGUCCCGCGGACGGCGAUUCCGAAUCAGAUGCAGCCUCAUCUGCUGUGGACAUCCGACGGCAUGGCCGGAGCAGCGUAACCAGUAGCGCCAGCAGGGGCAGUGGUUUGGACAGCCAACCCUUAACUCCUAGCGGGAGCGAAGUGGGGGGGCAGAAGCGCCGUUCAGGUUCCCCAGCAGACUUCCACACUCCCAACAGCAAGCGGCGGGAUUCUCAGUCGGAGUACUCACAGGACAGUCAGUUAACCCCCCGUGGCCUCCCGAAUCGCAGCCGGGGAGACGGCAGUUAUAGAGAGGCGGAUUCCGUAAGCGAGCUACGGACACCACGGAGCUCGUUAAGGGAAGGGAGCCGCGACGGCUAUGGAACAAGGGCUCCAGGCACCGCAAGGGAUGCACCAAACGCAGCCCAGUCCCCAUACAACAUCCGCCGACAUUCACUCAACAGCACUGGAACAAGCACGAUGCAAACAUCAGUGAUCGACUCCAUCGUGGGGGGCGGCCAUGAUAGGGGGCGUGCCCACAGCCAAGCAACGUCCGCAAGAACGACACCGUACAACUCUCGCAGCCCACCCGGCCACCCAUCCACGGGCAAAAAGCGCACGGAGCUGCAGUAUUUCCUGCGAUGCAUUCUCAAAUUUAUGCACCACCGUCUCCAUUUCAUGCAAUACUUACACAAGGAGGUCGUCUUCGAGGCUUACCUCCACGAGGAGGCGCGGCUGCUCGGCGGACGCCCCCGAUCGCGUUCGAUGCGACGUUCCUCCCGUGCCACCUCCGCCAGUCACAACGCCAGCCGCAUGAGUGCCUCACCGCGCCGCUCAUUGAUCCCUCCUGGUCUGGAGGAGGCUCAUCGGCUCCGUGAGAUCGAGGACCGCCUUCGCGAGGUGGAGAAUUUGCACCGCACGACCGAACUGGAGCGAGCUGAGUUGGAGAGGCGGCAGCGUGAAUUUGAGGAGGAGCGGCGAGAUUUCGAGAGGCGCCGUCAGGAACUGGCCCACCAGCGCCUAGAGGUACAGGAUUUGUUGCGAGAAGUUGGGGAUAGGUGGAGGGAUGGUGACCGCAUGGGUGGUAUGGGCAGUGGCAUCAACAGGUUUGACUACCUGAGUGAUCAGAGACCUCGUGACAGCUACGGUUAUGGUGAGGGCAUCGGAUCUCGCCAUUCUUCACAUCACAGUAGGCAGCGUGAUAGUGACACCCUUUCAGUACCUACAGGAGAGGCUAAGUUGCUUUUGUCCUCGCAGAAGCCUCCGGCAUUAGAGGAGGCGUUGGAUGAGGCCGAUUACCCCACUGCUUUUGUGGAUCGUUACGUUUACGGUGAUGAGUGGAGAAUGCUGCUCCCCAAGCGCGAGAUGGAGGUUCGUUUCAAUGCCCUCGUCGACACAUGCAUCGCUCUUAAGCUGCCACGCCGCCUUGUGACAAUUUUAACCGUGUCCGUGGAACAACCGGGACUGCGGGUUACAGCAGAGGUUCGCCACAACCCAGAAACCCUGUCGCGCGAUGUGUUGACGCGUCGCUUCACCACGCAGCCUCUCCGCUUUCUCCAGCGGCUUUAUGAUCUCCGCCACUACUACGCCAUGGACGAUACGGUUGCAAACGCACCGCAGCGGAGCCUGCCACGUGGGUCGCGGGGAACAUCACGAGGCACGCCGCUUCAAGGUAGCCGCGUGCUCCCAGGUGUGAUACCGCGGGUGAAUGAAAACAGCGGUAUUUAUGAUGAGUCCAGCGACGACGAUCUGAUGGGUGACAACGCGAUGGUGGACCCGAUGGCUCGCAUGCGUGAGUUUCAGCGAGGUGCUGAACGCCGCCGCCUCCAGCGUGAACUCGAGUCAGCGAAUAUGCGUGAAAAAAAGCAAGCCACACAGCAGAAGCAGCGUAGAUUUCAGCAAUUAGAGCAGCUGGAGCAGGAGGAAUCGAUGGGCCGCAGCAGCAUUGUGCUUGCCGAGCUACAAACCCGCCGCUCAAUGUUUGCAUCUGCUGUUUUCAGGCAGCGUCCCAGCGCCAUUACACUAAGACGACAGCUGGAGGAAAAGGAACAAGUGGAGCGUUCUUUGCUUGAGGUGGGGUACGUCCGGCAGACGCAGGUGCUCAUGCAGGCUCAUCGCCGUAAUCUCAAUUUUGUUCGCCUCCUCAUGCACGAGGCUGAGCGUCGCUUGCGUCAUGUGGAGCUUGAGCGUGAGGCUCGCAUGGAGUUGGAUAUCAUGAUGAAUCCCACACGGUGGGUAAAGUCCGUGUCGCUGCCGGAGGUGAAUGAGCGCACGCGGCGGCAGAGGCUUGUUGCUGCAGAGAUGAAGCAGCGGAUGCACAUAUACGCGAACAUCCGGAGUUUUGUGGCCGAUGCCGUGCAGAGUGAAAUUGACACACUGAUCAGCGACGAGAUGGCCGCACGUUUGGUGCUCGGUGCGGAUGAGAUGAAGUCGCGUAUAGAUCUUUACAGCUGGAGCCAGGCACCCGGCAGCAUUUACACACCUCGCUCAGCCGCAAUAGCGGCUGCAGGGCGUCAGGGGAUUCCACCGCAAGCAUUACAUGCUCUUUUUGCGGAAGAAUCCGUUGAGCGUGUUCACUUGGGUAACGAUGAGUUGCGCCGCCGCCAUCUUUACCAGCGGGAGUACAUCAUUACAACAGAGGACGCAGCCCGCAAUGACAUUGAGCUAGAGGAACUGGAUGAGCACGUUACCAUGUUGGAUGGGCUCGUGCAGAAGAACCGUAAAAUGUUGGAGCGCCGCCGCCAGGAGCAGCAGCGAUCAAUUAAACUCCUCAGCGAGGAACAGUACUACCGUAAGAGUAUCAUAAAUGACGAGCAGGACGAGUUUGAAGAGUUUAUGGAGCAAUUUGAUGCAGAGAUUAAUGAUAUGAUUAUGACGGAGGCUUCACAGUUAGGCCCAGCACAUGACAUUGAUAGUCCUUCCCGUCGCCGCCGCGUCCCCAGCACUCCACGACAGGCAAAAUUGUUCCACUACAUGUCUUUUGUGCCUGAAGACAUGGAUCAUGUUCCCACUGCCAACUUGGCCAUUGAAGGGAUGCUUGGUUGCAGCAUUAAUAAGAACUUGGAAGUAACAUGUAUUGCCCGGCCACUUCCAAAGGCAGAAGCGGAGGAACUUCAAUUCCAAGCAGGUGAUAUGAUACUUGACGUGGCUGGAUAUUCCCUCCACUCGCUCUCUCAUCUACGUGAAGUACUUGCGAAUCGCGCGAUGCAAAUUCAGCAUGAAGCGCGUGAAGAAUUUGAUGAUGUACCGGAAGAUGAGCUUCUCACAAAUCCUGCACUGCAGAAGUACAUUGAAGUGCUUUGUGAGCACCAUAACUUCCUCGUGCAGGUGCUGCGUGGUUGUGAUAUCUUCCAAAUCAUUGUGAAGUCCUAA